UCUGCUUCUUUAACUGGUCUCUCCCAUUCCCAUAUAUACAUCUCUGUUGAAUGAAUUUGUAUAGCUUUUUAUCCUCCAAGCCAGCCGCCUCUUGUUUUAUUCUUUGUUCUUCUUCUUUUGUCUUCUUCUUUGUAUAAGCACUGGCUUUUAUUCCAUAUGGAGAAUUAUCAAAUGUUCUUUCCUAUGUCAUCGCCAGCAGCAGCAGCAGCAGCAGCUUAUCCUAUGCCAACAAACAUGUCACCUAAUUCUCAAGUUUUUAACAAUUUUCAUGGGAAUAUCUCAAAUGGGUUGUUGGGUUUGAAGACAGAGAACUUCAUCCAGAAACCAGAAGUUAAGGAAGUUGUUCAGAAUGGGAGAUUUGUUGGUUCUGAAACUGAGAUAAAAAUAUCAGGUAAUAAAAAGAAGGAAAAGAUCAAGAUUAGGAAGCCUAGAUUUGCUUUUCAAACAAGGAGUCAGGUUGAUAUACUUGACGAUGGAUAUCGUUGGAGGAAAUAUGGGCAAAAAGCUGUUAAGAAUAACAAAUUCCCAAGAAGCUACUAUCGAUGCACACAUCAAGGAUGUAAUGUAAAGAAGCAAGUCCAACGUCUAACCAAAGAUGAAAGUGUGGUUGUGACAACUUACGAAGGGACGCACACUCAUCCCAUAGAGAAGCCAAUCGACAAUUUUGAACAUAUCUUGAGUCAGAUGCAAAUUUACACACCCUUUUGAAACCUAUCAUCUUCCAUGCAUAUAUAUAAUAGCUAGAUGAAAAUGCUGUAUGCCUAAUUAAAUCCAUACGAAUCUUGAAUUUAAUCCUUCCAUGUGAAAUAAUAAAGUUGUAAUUUCUGAAAUGUUCUUUUGUUUUUUAUUUUCUUAUGCUUAAUCAGUUAGGAAAUGGGAGGAAAACUCAAAGCUGAGACCUCAUUUUUGGAGGUGUUCAGUGGUAGAACACUGACAAUGUGUGAUAUCUGAAGUGUGAAAGAAUCAACAAUGUG